AAAGAGGUCAUUGCUUACGUGGCCUGGUUUGAUUGUUGGGCCAAUGAAGACGAGGCCCAAGCAGGAGUGUAUAUGCAUAUAUAGAAGUUGCGUUGUUCACUGGGAGUACAGUACGAUCUGCCUUUGCCUAUGAGCUUUUGCCUUCGCCGACAGUCUCUUCCCGCAGAGCAAUUCAUAAUGACUUCUGAAAGUGCAGAUGACAACUGCUUAGCAUGGGCGGCAAGAGAUCCAUCUGGCCUUCUAUCACCUUACAAAUUCAGCCGCAGGGCUCUUGGAAGUGAUGAUGUUUCAUUGAAUAUCACACACUGUGGGGUUUGUUAUGCUGAUGUAGUCUGGACUAGGAAUAAAUUUGGAGACUCUAAGUAUCCUGUGGUACCUGGACAUGAGAUUGCUGGAAUUGUAAAAGAGGUUGGCUCAAAUGUUCGUCGCUUCAAAGUUGGUGACCAUGUUGGAGUGGGAACCUAUGUCAACUCAUGCAGGGAUUGUGAGUACUGCAAUGAUGGACUUGAAGUUCAUUGUGCGAGGGGGUCGGUGUUCACUUUUAAUGGUGUUGAUGUUGAUGGUACGGUCACCAAAGGAGGUUAUUCCAGUCACAUUGUUGUUCAUGAAAGGUACUGCUUCAAGAUACCUGACAACUACCCAUUAGCUUCAGCAGCACCUUUGCUAUGUGCUGGAAUUACUGUUUACACUCCCAUGAUGCGCCACAAGAUGAACCAACCUGGUAAAUCCCUCGGGGUGAUUGGGCUAGGUGGUCUUGGUCACUUGGCUGUGAAGUUUGGCAAGGCUUUUGGAUUGCGUGUCACAGUUCUCAGCACAAGCAUAUCCAAGAAAGAAGAAGCUCUGAAUCUGCUUGGAGCAGACAAAUUUGUGGUCUCAUCAGACGAACAGCAGAUGAUGGCUCUUUCUAGAUCACUCGACUUUAUAAUUGAUACUGCAUCAGGUGAUCACCCAUUCGAUCCAUACUUGUCUCUGUUGAAGACUGCCGGAGUCCUAGUUCUGGUGGGGUUCCCAAGUGAAGUGAAAUUCAGUCCUGGAAGCAUUGUCAUGGGUAUGAGAACUGUUUCUGGUAGCGCUACAGGUGGUACAAAAGAUACACAAGAAAUGCUUGACUUUUGUGCUGCACAUGGAAUUCACCCAGAGAUCGAAGUAAUUCCAAUUCAGUAUGCAAAUGAAGCCCUUGAGAGGCUAAUAAAGAAGGACGUGAAGUACCGUUUUGUGAUUGAUAUUGAAAACUCUCUGAAGUGAUCCAUAGAGGCAGAAGAGGACGUUCUUUUCUCAGACUACAUGUUUGUUGGCUGAAAGCAGAUAAAAAUUGUCAAUCCUUUAUAGAUGCACAGUGGAUGUUUAAUCUUAUGGAAAAAAUAUCCAGGAUCGAACCUUUGUGUUAUGUCAGUGAAGAAAUUACUUUCCAUGUA